CUUGAAACCUGACUGUCCACCAGAAAGAAAAGACUGCUCUUCAAAUGAGUUGGUCUUCUUUCCACUGGAGUGAGAAUUGAAGACUGGGAGACCCAGCCUCCAUCAUGCAGAACAACUCCGUCACCAACUUCUCCUGCUACCAUGAGUCUGUAUUGGGCUAUCGUUAUGUUGCAGUUAGCUGGGGGGUGGUGGUAGCUGUGACAGGCACCGUGGGCAACGGGCUCACCCUGCUGGCCUUGGCCAUCCAGCCCAAGCUCCGUACCCGCUUCAACCUGCUCAUCGCCAACCUCACAGUGGCUGAUCUGUUGUACUGCACCCUUCUCCAGCCCUUCUCUGUGGACACCUACCUCCACCUGCAGUGGCGCACUGGUGCCACCUUCUGCAGAGUCUUUGGGUUCCUCCUCUUUGCAUCCAAUGCUGUCUCCAUCCUCACCCUCUGCCUUAUUGCCCUGGCACGUUACCUCCUUAUUGCCCACCCUAUGCUCUUUCCCCAAGUUUUCAGUGCCAAGGGGAUACUGCUGGCAUUGGUGAGUACCUGGGUGGUGGGCAUGGCCAGCUUUGCCCCUCUCUGGCCUAUCUAUACGUUGGUGCCUGUAGUCUGCACCUGCAGUUUUGACCGCAGCCGAGGCCGGCCCUACACCACCAUCCUCAUGGGCAUCUACUUUGUGCUGGGGCUCAGCAGUGUUGGCAUCUUCUAUUGCCUCAUCCACCGCCAGGUGCAGCGAGCAGCACAGGCGCUGGAUCAGUACAAGCAGUCAAGUGUCCAGUCCAACCACGUGGCUGGGACAGAGGCUAUACCCGGUCAUUUCCAGGAGCUGGACAACAAGCUGGCCUCAAAAAGGCCCAGUGAGGGGAUUUCAUCAGAGCCAGUCAGUUCUGCCACCACCCAGACCAUGGAAUGGGACUCAUCAGAAGUGGGGAACCAGCACAGCAGGGAGGUAGCUAAGCACAUGGCAGAGAAAAGCCAUCCAGAAGCACCAGCUGAGACCAGGCCAACUAAAAGAGCCCAGAGAACUCAGGAACCCCCAUCAGAGUUUGGGAAGGUGACUCGGAUGUGUUUUGCUGUGUUCCUCUGUUUUGCCCUGAGCUACAUCCCCUUCUUGCUGCUCAACAUCCUGGACGCCAACACCGCUGCUCCUCGUGUUGUCCACAUGCUCGCUGCCAAUCUCACCUGGCUCAAUGGUUGCAUCAACCCCGUGCUCUAUGCAGCCAUGAACCGUCAGUUCCGCCAAGCCUAUGGCUCCCUCCUAAAACGAAGGCCCCAGAGUUUCCGUAGGCUCCAUUAGAACUGUGUCCCCAGUCACCAGAAUCCAAGACUGACUCCUCCAGAACUAAAGUGGCCAGCUGGUAGGGAGUAGGUGAAAGUAAGACCUGUGGGCAUUUUCACAGACAACUUUUCCCCCACUCUCAAACCAGGCUUCUCCAUCCCUUGAUCAAUGCUUCAGCUCUAGAUUGCCCAAGGUGCAUUAUUAUUAAUAAAUGAAUUCUAUCCUUUUAA